GCCCAAGUUAUUUGUUCCGUUCGUGUUCGGGCACUCCUUUUUUCUUCAUUCCCUUCCUCGCCAUGAACAACAACACUCAUUCAGCAGCAGCAACAACAACACCACCACCUCAAAUGGCAGAAACAGCCUCCUUUACAAACCAGGACUCGACAAGUUCCUAUGACGAACAAGCGACCGUCUGUGCAAUUGAGACCUUUGCGGAGCACUGGACCGAGGCACAGGCAUUCUCAGUCGCGACCCUGGCUGCCUGCGCCAUCACAGCACUCGAAAACUCACGUAUCGAUACCCUGCCAUGGAAGCAUACCUUCUUAAGAACGCUCUUCCGACAGCUCGGGAUCCAUUCUAGGGAAGAGCAGGAAAUGCUAUUACUCCUUCAGGAGAAUGGCUCAUAUCAGGAUUGCAAUCUCCAGGUCUUGGCUGAGCCGCUCCUGCCAAGAACGUACCACCGACACCAUCAGCAGCAAGGUUCCCGGGCCCAUUCCCAUGAGAGCUCCAGAGUCACCUCGCCGAUCUCGUCCCCACCGGCUUCGCCAUCGAGGACUCGGAGGAGCAUUCAAAAGCAGCGAACGUAUGGACCUAAUUCAGUUUCCUCAUCACCUGUUCAGGGACCGUUCCUGGGCCAGGACCCAUAUGUCUUGGAGCCGGAGCUGGAUAUCCGGACAGAGAUCAUCAAUGAUCUGCUGUACAUCGGUCUCGGAUUCGAGCCUUCGAGCAGGUCCCGGAAGAACGUACCGAUUCAGGAACUGAGCAACGAUCUAGCAGGACUCGACCUGGACGUACCACCAACGUACUCGGAACUGGACGACAGAUACACGAUCGCUGCGACGGAUUCAAAGCAAGGAUAUGGUUAUGAAACUAAUAAGAAUGACUCGGCCUUGUUGUCACCAGUGAGGCUGCGACCGCCAUCAUUACCGCCUCGACAGGACCAACAGGAGUACCAAGAACAGCAGUUUGGAAUGCCGCCUCAACUCCCGCCACGAAUGCUGAGUAGCGCUAGCGCUUCAACGUCCGUGUCAUCAUCGUCAUUGUCUUCUUCGUCAUCCUCGCAACGGAGCAAGAAGGGACGGGUUCAACCUCUGGAGUACGAUGCGCGUGCCAGGGCCGUGAUCUUUACGAUGUGCAACUACCUCUUGCUCUCGUACGAAUCGUUCCUGGUGAUCGAGAAACAAAUCGCGCAACAUCUUUAUUUCUACCAGCAGGAGCUGAUCGAGGCCGAAAGGGCGGAACUCGAGCGUGAGAGGCGACUCAAAGAGGAGCAACAGCGACUACAGCAAUAUCAACAACAGGGAAGUGGACCAGGCGCUAAAGUCGGCGCCUUCUUCAGCGGGCUCCGAAGCAACCGCAGCAACGGUCAUAGCAGCGUACCACUUAACCAGCACGGAGUCGCAAUGCAGACACAGGCCCAGUCGUCGAUGCAUGAACUCGAAAAGAAGAAAAAGACCUGGAAGUAUCUGGCGACUGGACUCUCCAUUGCUGCGGGUGCAACCGUCAUCGGAUUGACCGGUGGACUUGCAGCGCCGUUAGUGGCAGUCGGCGCAGGGGUGUUGCUCGGCUCUGGAGCAGCGGUUUUGGGAACGACAGCGGGCAUCGCGGUCAUGGCCUCGUUGUUCGGGCUGGCUGGAGGCGGUCUGGCCGGUUACAAGAUGCAUAGAAGGACUAAAGACCUGAAGACGCUAUCAUUCGUCCCUAUCGUCAAGGACCCAACCCUCCCACAGAUUCCUUCUCUUCAUCUGGCGAUUGUGAUCUCGGGUUAUUUGUUUGAAGAGUCCGAGGUGGUCGAAACCUGGCAAGGAACUGCAGAACAUGCUUUGGAAGGGAUCGAUGUCUUUCAUUUGACGUUUGAACCGGCCGAAUUGGUGACGUUGGGCAACGCAUUCAAGGUGUUUGUCGCGACAGAGGCGGUGCGGAUGGUAUCGACGCAGGUGAUUCAGCAGACCGUGUUCGCAGCCUUGGCGAGUGCACUGGUUUUGCCAUUCGGACUCAUGCGUGCAGGAGACUUGAUUGAUAACCCAUGGGCGGUUGCGAUGGAUCGUGCGCGCAAGUCUGGGUUUGUGCUUGCGGAUAUUCUGAUGGAGCGCGUUCAGGGCAACAGACCAACGACGUUGAUCGGGUACUCGACUGGCGCGGUCGUUAUCUGGGAAUGUCUGCUUGAAUUGGCGAAACGGAAGGAACAUGGUCUGAUCAACACUGUGGUGCUGCUGGGCGCACCGAUCAAGACGGACGAGACAGAAAAGUGGAAGGCAGCAUCGUCAGUGGUAGCCCACCGGUUCAUCAACGGGUACUCCAAGAAGGAUGUGGUACUGGGCUCCAUCUUCCGGUUGCAUGCGCUUGGUCUGGACGUGGCAGGACUACAGCCUGUUAAGGCAGUGCCGCACAUUGAGAACGUGGAUCUGUCGGACAUUGUCGGUGGCCACCUUGAGUACCAUGAGAACCUGAACAUGGUGAUCUCGCUCCUUGGUGUACUGUAGAUUAUAGACUGUAAGCGGAGGACUGAAUAAAUAGACAAAGAUCUACAAGAC